AAACGACCUAUACGAAUGAUCGCUCAAAAUUAUCUGGAACACCAAAGACGAACAUAGACAAUAAGUUUAGUUUGUUUAGUUUUAAAAUAAUUAAUUUUCUUAAUAGCUUUUCGGUGUCGAACUAGACACAACUUUGCUCAAAUUCAUUUCCGGUAUUCAAUAAGCUACGUUAGGUACGACAUUGUGACAACUAAACUUGUAGACGCUUCGUAAACAUUUUUUGUCCAACCAAAUUUUCAGAUUAAUUUCAAAUGUCUGAUUGGGAGAGCGAUGGAGACGAUGUGAAGCAGCCUGCAGCUCCUAUUCAAUCCCAACGAUCCGAUCAAAAUCGCGGCUAUAGCGAUAACAGUUCGAACCGAGACAACGGCUACAGUAACAAUCGCUCAUACGGAUUUAAUCACAACCGUGGCGGUUUCCGUAACAAUCAAAGUGGCUACGGUGAAGAUCAAAGAAACCGAGGAGAUUACGGAAGCAAUUACAGAAAUUCCAGUCAGCAGAAUGAUCAAAGACGUGACUACGGUAACAAUCGUCAAAAUUUUACCAACAGUCGGCAGAAUCAAGAUCGUGGAGGAGGAGGAAAUUAUGGAGGCAAUGACUUGAAAAUGGAAGUGGACAGCAACAAACUCGGAAUCGUAAUCGGCAAAGGGGGUUCGAAGAUACGCGAAAUUCAAGAGAACAACAAUGUUAACGUAAAAAUCGAUCGACAGGCAAAUGAAAAUGGCAUGUGCACUGUGACGAUUCGUGGAGCCGACGAUGACGUUCAGAAAGCGAAGAAGAUAAUCGAAGAUUUGACCGUUGACGUAUUAUCGGCUGCAUCAAACUCACAGUCUGAACCACAAAAGGAAUUCGAGAUGAUUGAUUGGAAAGCAGCUGCACAGGAAUGCGAUGAAGCCGUGAAGAAGCGGUGGGAGAAAUGCCCGAAAUUGCUGAAAAAUUUCUACAAAGAGCACCCUGAUAUCGAAAAGCUUAAUCCGCAGGCGGUGGCUCUGUUCCGAGAGAUGAACAACAACAUAACCGUAUCACGUGCCUUCCCCGACAAACCACUCGCCGAAGUUCCAAUCCCGAAUCCGAUCAUGACAUUCGACCAGUGUUUCGGCGACUAUCCGGAUAUGCUCGAAGAAAUCAAGAAGCAAGGCUUCGAAAAACCAUCUCCCAUUCAGUCUCAGGCCUGGCCCGUAUUGCUGAAAGGUGAAGAUUUGAUUGGUAUUGCACAGACGGGAACGGGCAAAACUCUAGCGUUCCUGUUGCCAGCCAUGAUUCACACCGAAUAUCAACCGGUUCCUCGCGGCACUGAACGUGGCGGACCAAAUGUGCUGGUUAUGGCCCCAACCAGAGAAUUGGCCCAACAAAUCGAGAAAGAAGUUGCAAAGUACCAGUUCCGUGGAAUGAAAGCUGUCUGUGUAUAUGGUGGAGGCGAUCGCAGAGCUCAAAUGCAAACCGUCCAGAAAGGCGUAGAAAUUGUCAUCGCCACACCCGGUCGACUGAAUGAUUUGGUACAGGCGAAAGUGAUCGACGUGACUUCGAUUACGUAUCUAGUGUUAGAUGAAGCGGAUCGCAUGCUAGAUUUGGGCUUUGAGCCACAGAUUCGUAAAGUUAUGCUACACGUCAGACCUGAUCGUCAAACUGUGAUGACUUCGGCCACCUGGCCACCAGGUGUACGCCGUUUGGCUGAAAGAUACAUGAUCAAUCCAAUACAGGUGUGUGUCGGAUCGCUAGAUUUAGCGGCAGUGCACAGUGUCACACAGAUGAUCGAAAUUAUCGCCGAGGAAGACAAGUAUUAUCGAAUCAUGGAUUUCGUGAAGAACAUGACCAAAUCAGAGAAGGCAAUAAUUUUUUGCGGAAAAAAGAGUCGCGCUGACGAUCUGUCGAGUGAGGUUAGUCUACAAGGCAUUCCAGUGCAGUGUAUUCAUGGCGACCGAGAUCAAAAUGAUCGCGAACAAGCUUUGGAAGACAUUAAGAAAGGAGAAGUGCAAAUACUGAUAGCAACGGAUGUGGCAAGCCGUGGUAUCGACAUCGGCGACAUAACCCACGUCAUUAAUUACGAUUUUCCACGAAACAUUGAAGAGUAUGUGCAUCGGGUCGGACGUACAGGCCGUGCUGGUCGAACUGGUACGUCGUUGAGCUUUUUCACGCGCCAAGACUGGGGUUCGGCGAGCGAACUGAUAGACAUUUUAGAGGAAGCCGACCAGGAUGUACCCGAUGAAUUACGAGAGAUGAAGAAACGAUUCGAGGCGAUGAAAGAGCGACGGGACAAGGAAAAAAGCUUGUAUGGCGGAUUUGGUGGACGUGGUGGAGGAGGCAGAGGAGGUGGUGGCGGUGGCUACAACAGAUCUCGAUAUUAAUUUAAAAAUAGCAAUUCCCCAUUAUCACUGUUGGAUAUAAGAAUCUCGUUAACGCUUUGUGGUGGCUUGCCACGGCAUUGUUUUAUUUUAAGAUUUUAUUAUUCCCAAAUUGAAUUCCAAAAACUUUUGCAAUAAAUAAAGUUUAUUAUACCCUACAAGGUACAA